AUGGACACGAAAUUCUUCCCUUUCAUCGCCCCCCAAAACUUCACCUUUCACACACUCUCAAAAUCGCCCACCAUGAAUCUCCGAAACGGCAAAAGAACUGGUCGCCCUCAACCAAAAACACCAAAGACUCCGGAAACACCACAGUCCGAAGACUCUGUCGCUCCUUGUGUCAAGGAUGAUGUCCCCGGGGAGAAGGACCCGAAAUACCUGGAGGAUAUCGUGGCAGAGAAUGUUACAUAUCCUGUAUGUCGAGCCCUCUGGAAGUUCAUCUUGUCCCCUCUCUGGCAAUGGGUACUCCGACCAACUCUCUGGGAGUAUCUAUUACGUCCCGUUCUCUGGGAGAGAAUUCUACGACAAGGUCUCUGGGAGGGAUUCUCGCGACGAAUCAUUUUUGAUGGAGUAUUGAAACAGAUUCUUUUUCACGGACUAGUACAAAGCUUUCUUGGAGAGAGAGUGUUUCUUCCUCUAUACCAGAUGUGUGAGGUGUUGGUGUUUCCUCUGGUACAGAGAAUCUUUGAGGCGAUGGUGCACCCCCUAUAUCGGCAACUCGUACAGAAAUUACCUGCGUCCGCACGACGUAAAGUAAAGUCGAUGCUGUCUCCCAUUUACCGGGAACUGGAGGAUAUAUCAGGUCCUUUUCGAGAAAUGAUCUGGGACCCGAUACUGUACCCUCUAUUGAGCCAAAUACGCCCGGAAGAGCUGCUGUCGUUUCUCUUCGUCUUGCGAAUCUCGACCAAGAUCACUUUCGCCUCGGAUCAAGCAUACCUCUCUACACGCGGGUAUCGACCUGACACAGAAGAGUUUUCGAAACGUUCGGUUACAGAGUUUGGCCAGAUCCCUUUCCAAGACAAGUAUUCGUGGUGUUGGUUGCUUCAAUGGAUAGUAUGGAUUGUGUGGGCAUGA